UGGAGUACUGCACCCGCCUGAAGCGGCGAUCUGACCGUCCUGGAGUACUGCACCCGCCUGAAGCGGUUCGCUGACCAACUCCGCGAUCUGGGUCAGCCCGUCUCGGAGCCACAGCAGGUCUUCAACCUCCUUCGCGGGCUCGGCCGUCAGUUUCAUGGCGCGAUCCCGCACAUCACGUCACAGGUGCCUCUGCCGAGCUUUCUGCAGGCUCGCUCGUUCCUCAUGCUGGAGGAGUUUCGCGCUGAGCAGGCCGUGCGCCAACAGUCGGCUCACGCUCUCCUCGCCGGCCGCGCUGGUGGCUCUGUGCCGCCGUCUCCUGGCGCUUCCAGCUCCGGUACCGCUCCAGGCACCAGCCCCGCCGGUGGUCGCGGGCGUGGGAACGGGGCCAGCAACUCGUCCUCCGCGGCUCCUUCUGCGCCCCGCAACCCAGCGUACCCGGUGCCUGCUCCCGGCGCGAACUCCUGGACUGGCCUUGUCCAGGCAUGGCCGGUCCCUUGGCGCGCGCCCGGCGCGGGCGUGCUCGGCCCGCGCCCCGGCGUUCCGCAUCAGCAGGCCAUGAUGGCCGCGCCCAUGGCUCCUCCACCGCCCGGCUACACCUACGGCUACGCCCCCGGCCUCAAUCCCGGCGGAUACGGACCCGCCCCCAGUGGCUACGCCCCCGGCUUCACCCCCGGCGCGUCGACAUCCACCACGCCCUGGGACAUGGGCACUCUUCAGAGUGCACUGCAGCACUCCGCCCAGUCGCCGCCGUCCGCCGGGAGCUCGUCGGACUGGGUCCUCGACACUGGAGCCUCCGCGCACAUGACCUCCAACGCUGGACAUCCGCACUCGGGCAGUGAUUCUGUGAUGUGAUUCCGACGGCGAUCUUUAUCAUGUGGCGUCCAGUUCCUCGGCUCCAUCCGCUCGACACUUCGCCGACGUCGUCACCGUGGACCUGUGGCACCAACGGCUUGGUCACUCCGGCCAGUUAUCUACCAGUAGUUCGUCUGCUUUGUUUCCUUUUACAUGUAGCAAGUUAGCACCGCACACAUGCCAUGCCUGCCGCAUUGGCAAACAUGUACGCUUGCCAUUUGCUCCAUCACAGUCCUGUACUUAUUUUCCCUUUC